CAACAACUUCGCUGCCUCCUACCCAACUCACCAACGAGGAAACCACAACCCCAGGACCUCAUAUAAAGCCGCCCCACGCUGCCUUCCUGCCCACUCUUCUCUACGACACUCUCAACAUCCGACUCCGCAUCCUCAACUACAAAGUAACUUUAUCCGCGCACAGCUUCAACCCCGCAGCUCCACCUCGUCGAAAUGGCUUCCUCAUCUGCGACCGAGGCGAAGAACUUCGUGAUGCUCACAACCUCCGACAAUGCCGACAUCAAAGUCGAGCGCGAAGUUGCCGAGCGCUCCAUCUUGAUCAAGAACUUGCUCGAGGAUCUCGGUGGAGAAUCUGGCGAGGCCAUCCCCAUCCCAAAUGUGAACGAGGCUGUUAUGAAGAAGGUCCUUGAGUGGUGCGAGCAACACCGAAAGGACCCACCGGCUUCCCAGGAUGAUGACUCCGACAGCCGAAAGAAGUCAACAGACAUCGAUGAGUGGGAUCAGAAGUUCAUGCAAGUUGAUCAAGAGAUGCUGUUUGAGAUCAUCCUCGCCGCCAACUACCUCGACAUUAAGGCCCUUCUUGAUGUUGGCUGCAAGACUGUCGCCAAUAUGAUCAAGGGCAAGUCACCGGACGAGAUCCGAAAAACAUUCAACAUCCAGAAUGACUUCACCCCUGAAGAGGAGGACCAGAUCCGACGCGAGAAUGAGUGGGCCGAGGACCGCUAAGCGCUCCAUCGCUCGUCCGCCUCAUCGCUAUCCACACACACGAUACUUGUAUGACUCUGGACACGGCUCUAUUCUAUCAGUACGUUACGUACGUCAUAAUGACGGAAUGGUCUUUUGCGGUCGGUGUUCGGGGGUUCUCUCUUUGGGUUUCCAGUAAUUCAUUCAUGGCAUGGUUCUGGCAAGCUUUUUGCCUGGGAGCUGGCACUGAGAGCGACUAACCCUAACAGCAGCGGACUCGAAAGAACACACAAAGGAAUUUCUGUGUUUUAGUCCCAACUAGUUUCUCAAUCAAAAUUUCAAACCCAU